GUGGGUGCAGUAUUUGUGCUGUCUGGAAGAAAAUGCCUCCUCUGACUGUGACGCGGUCUUGACCGCUUCUACCAGGACAGCCCACGAGACAUGUGAAGCCCUGCUUAAAUGAUCUAUGUAAUUCUCUAGACAGUAUCUGCCUGAAUUGAGAUGAGACCCAUGGUUGAUUGACUGGUGUUCCGUCUUCGAACUGUUCAUACAACAACAACAACGCACGUAUAUAUUGGACAAGGAAGAUUUCUUUUAAGUGUUCAUCUUUCAUUAACGUUUGACAGUAUGUCCAAGUGUAUCACCAGGAGUCAGCUGUGAAUUUAAAUAUCUUCUUACAUCCAUUGUCUUUUUUUUGAUCUGACAAUCAUGGCCCAGUACAAAGCUGGUGACAAAAUUUUCGCCAAGAUGAAGGGCUACCCUCACUGGCCAGCAAGGAUUGAUGACCUACCAGAUGGUGCAGUGAAACCGCCGAAGGGGAAAUUUCCAAUAUUCUUUUAUGGAACGCAUGAAACAGCCUUUCUUGCGUCCAAAGACAUCUUUCCUUAUGAGAAGUUCAAGGACAAAUACGCCAAGCCUCAAAAAAGGCGUGGCUUCAAUGAGGGCUUGUGGGAAAUCAUCAACAAUCCUGAUGUCAAAUUUCACCCUGCUGUAAGUGGAAGGGGCAAAUCUGGUGAUGAGAGCUCAGAAUCUCCCGAGGAGGAGGCCGUGGAGGAGGAGCAAGAGGAAGUUGGGGACAAGGAGGAUGAUGACUCUGAGCAGGACAACCUCGUCAUCGAUGAGGCAAAGAAGAAGCCCAAGACUCCUCAGGCAAGGAAGAGGAAGGCGAGCAAUGUGCCAGCGGUGAAGUCUGCAAAAAAACCAAAGAAAUCUACCCCAGCGACAAAACGCUCCAAAUCCAAGCAUUGUGAUGAGGAAGAUGAGGAGGAUUUUGACGAGGGUUCACCGCCGACGUCGGAUAACUCGGAUGAUGAGGACUUCCAGUAUGAGGAUAAAACACCUAAGGCCCACGCUGCAAAGAAGGGGAGAAAAUCCACGCCAGCUGCGACGCCUGCUUCUGGGAAAAGGGGGCGUGGAAGGCCGAGGAAGGAAGACAAGGUGGCAAGUCCGGCAGAGAAGUCCGAUUCUUCAGAAAAUGAAGAAGAGGCCGAAGAAGUGAAGAAACCCCCGAGGAAGAAACCCCAACCACGGAAGUCUGUGGACAAAAAAUCCACCCCUAAACAAAGUGCUAAGAAAGCUGCGUCUAAAGUGUCAGUGUCUGAUAUGUCCAGCGAUAGUCCAAGCUCCGACAGUGACAGUGAGGCCAGCAGCAGUAAAGUCAGCAGCUGGAAGAAGAAGGAUGAAGAAAGGAAGCGCGAGAUUGAGAGGAAGUUACGAGAAGAGGAGGAGAGGAAACGACAAGAAGAGAAAGAGAGAGUUGAAAAGGGGGAGGAGUUGAUGAAGGAAAGGGAGGAGGAAGAGGGAAGGAGGAUAGUGAAGAAGAGGAAAGGAGACCAAGGUGAAGAAGGAAAGAAAGAAGAAAGAAGCCAAGUGAAAGAGACCAAGACUAAGAAGGAAAAAGAAGCCAAAACAAAAGAGAAGCGGAAAAAGAAAAUUCUCAGUGACAGUGAAAGUGAGGCUGAUAAAGAAGAGAAAAAAAAAGAAGAGGAAGAAAUGGAUGUUCUGGAGGAGGAAAAAAACGAAGAGGAAGAAAACGAUGUUAAUAUGGAGACAAAAGACUCUGAUAAUGUGGAAGAAACGAGUAAUGAUGCCAGCGAGAGUCAGCCUCAGGUGAAUGACAAAGCUGAUGAGAAACCUGCGGAGAAAAGUGAGAAGACGACAGAGAGCGAAAGUGAGAAAGAUGGGAAAAAGAAGGAUAAAGCGAGAAGCAAGGAAGCUGAGAAAAAUGAGAAAGCUGAGAAGUCAUCCCGAGACAAUGACCGAAAGACCAAAGAAAAACAAGACAAGUCUGAAAAGAUUAAAGAUGACAGAAAGAAGUCAAAGUUAAAAGAUGAAAAGAAAGAGGUUAUGAAGGAAAAGGCCACAAAGAAUGAGAGUGUAGAGGAGCAGAAGAAAGAAGACAGACGGAAUGAAAAGAAGAGGGAUGAUGAGGAGAGGAAGAAGAAACUAGAGAAGAAACAGCAGAUAGAAGAGGAGAAGGAAAGGAAGAAAAAGCUAAAAUACGAACAAAAAAAGAAAGAAAAAAUCCAAGAGUACGAACUAAAGAAGAAGGAAAAAGUACAAUUCAUCCACACAGAGUCCAUUCUAACAGACAUGGAUCGUGAAAUUAAGAUGUCUCUACAGAUAGAGCAUACAGAUGUGAAUAAGUGUAUAGCGAUCAUGGAAGAUUUGGACUCUCUACCUGUGACACAGGUGAUGCUGAAGAAAAACUCUGAUAUCAUGAACACCAUCAAAAAGUGUCGGAAGUACAAAGGCAGUGAGAAGGUCCGUCAGAAAGCUGAGCUGAUAUACAACAAAUUCAAGAACUUAUUCCUGGUAGGAGAAGGCGAGUCAUUCAUGCAGGUAUUUCAUCGUGAAGCAGCUCAGUAUAAGAGGCAGAUGGAAGAAGAAGAGAAAGAGAGGCGAGAGAAAGACAACAAGGAGAAUGAACUGAUGAAUAAAGAAACCGAUCCGGCUGUGGAGAACAGUACCUCAAAAUCUACAACAGAUUCCUCGAAAUCUCAACCAGUGUCUGAUCUCACAGAUUCUAAGCAAACGAACUCUGAUGCAGCAUCACAGCCACCAGAUGGUACUGCUGCAGUGCCGAGACAAACCACAGAGGCUUGGAAAAAGUCUGAGCCAGAAACUUCAAAAGCUGAACUGUCAAACUCUGAAGCUGCUGGCGUGGAGAAAAUUGACACGAAUGAAUCCAUAUCAGGCUUGUUUCCUAAGGACACUUCAAGAGGUAUUCCAGGAUUGACUCUUAUCGAUGAGUCUCAGGUGGAGAAAUCCACUGAGCAAGAGAAAUCCACAAGGGAAGCAUCCGAAGACGUCACAGACGGCUCCAGUGUGGCCGUGACUGAGGAUGCUCUCAGUAGUGUUCAUGUGAAAACUGAUGAUUCUGGUCAAGGUGAAAUAGAGGUGACAAGUGUCAGUGCUGUGAAAAUGGCUGGUGAAGACAAAACUCAGACUUCUGCGGAAGCCACAGAAAAAGCUGUGGAAAAAAUGGACACGAAUGACAAUGAAAAAGUCCAGACAGAAGCGAAAAUUCCUGCGCGCGAUUUUGUGGAUAGAAGUCAGGUGAAAAGUAAAAGCGAUAUGUCCGAUUUGGACGUGACACUUCCGUCGUCUUCUCCUCCGUCUCCGAAGGAUUCAGGGACAGAGGAUUCAACGGCGGUGGAGUCUGAUAAUGCAUUCCCUUCAGCGUGGAAUCCUGGCAGUGCCAUGGAGCCACUUAAACCAGAAGUGUUUGGAGAAGUCAAGGGGUCAAGCAUGGAGUUUUUUGACGAUGAAACAGCAGAGGAGCACAGGGAUCUGGAGGCAAGAAUAGCACAAAUCAUAAAGAGUACUGAGUCACCCAAAGCUGUGACGCCACCCAAGCCAAAACUACCCGAUCCACCCGUGGUUACGGAUGAGGAUGAAAUCGAGGAGGAAGAGGAGGAUGACGAUGUGCACGAGAGUGAGGAGGAUCCGAUCAUGGACGAUGAUGAACUGCACAGCCUCCUGGGAGUGUAGCGGCAGAAAUUAUGGGAUGGCUGUGUGUUAGUGUGGGCAUGGAAGUUGGCCUGGAAGAGCCAAAGUGAAAUUAUGGCUUGGGGUCAAGAAGGCUGUUUUGUGGGUGCAAAUCAUGGCGGAAGGCUCUGUUAUAGACUAGUUGUGGGGAAAAUGAUGGCUGGAGGCCUUAUUAUAGGCGAUUUGUGGAUAUACAAUGGCUGGAGAGACUAUUGUGAGCUAGUUGUGGAUGUACAAUGGCUGGAGAGACUAUUUUGAGCUAGUUGUGGAUAUACAAUGGCUGGAGAAACUAUUGUGAGCUAGUAGUGCAUGUACAAUGGCUGGAGAGACUAUUUUGAGCUAGUUGUGGAUAUACAAUGGCUGGAGAGACUAUUUUGAGCUAGUUGUGGAUAUACAAUGGCUGGAGAGACUAUUUUGAGCUAGUUGUGGAUGUACAAUGGCUGGAGAGACUAUUUUGAGCUAGUUGUGGAUAUACAAUGGCUGGAGAGACUAUUUUGAGCUAGUUGUGGAUAUACAAACGCUGGAGACUCUAUUAUAGGCGAGUUCUGAGGACAUAAUGGAAGUUGGAACUAGAUGUAUUAGGAUGUGGUUGUGAAAGAUCAACCUGUGUUAAAUCACGAGUGAGUUUGUAGGAAGACAGGUGUAUGAACAAGACAGUACAGGAUGCUUGUGGUCUGUGGUCAGACAAAGUUAAGUCAUAGCAGGUCAUGCUCCAGAUAUGGACAUAGGAAAGCAGGAAUUCCUGCGUAUUCACCUUGCCAGUGGAUGGCAAGAAAACUGCACAUUGUUGUAUGAGCAAUGAAGGGCAACAAACUGCACAGUGUGGUAGGAACAAUAAAUGGCAACAAACUGCACAGUGUGGUAGGAACAAUAAAUGGCAUCAAACUGCACAGUGUGGUUGCUGUGAAUGACAACACACUGCACAUUGUGGUGUAAGGAAUGGCAACAAAUUGCAAAGUGUUUUAGGAACAAUGGAUGGCAACACACUUCACAGUGUGGUAUGAGCAGUGGAUAGCAACAAACUUCACAGUGUGGCGGGAGCAGUGAAUGACAACAAUCCGCACAGUGUGGUGUGAGCAGUGAAUGGCAACAACCUGCACAGUGUGGUACAUGUGGGAGCAGUGUAUAGCAACAAACUGCACAGUGUGGAUUAAGCAAUGGAUGAAAAAAAAACUGCAGAACGUGGUGGAGAAGAAUAUGUUAGACAGCUUCAGAAAUUGUGUAUUUGUGUGUACAACAAAUUGUGUUCAGAGGAUUGUAUCCUGCAAUUUCUGUCCCCAAGGGCAAAAGGAAGAACGUCAUUUUUCCCUGAUCGACAGUGAAAAUAUUUCAACGGAAUGAACUGUUUCUUAUAUCAGGAUGGUUGGAUGGUUGUACUGUUGUAGAAAGCUCUGUGUCCUGAUGACGUUAAAAACACAGUCUGAAGUCAGUGACCAGAAUAGUGCAGCCUGGGUUGGGUACAUGUACGAAUGGUUGCUAAAUACCAAAAAACAACCAGGAAUUACAUGUGUGAGACAUUCCUCAAGCAGCUUCUGUAAGUCCUGUUCUGUGGUCGUGUACUUGAGAUUGAGAAUUGUCAAGUAAUUUGCAAUCUGUAUUGGAUAAUGCACUUGUGACAGAGACAAGUCUUCA